AUGGCUCCCACCUUGGCUUUGCUGCUCCUCUGCCAAGUAGCCUUAUACACAACUGCUACAUCCAAGAAAGUGUGUGGCCGACCUCCUGUCACCGAUGGCAUUGAUGAUACGACCCUAAAACGCGUCUAUGAGAUUGGAGAGGUGGUGAUCCUCGCAUGUGGACAAGGAUACCUGCCUUCAACAGCGGCUUCGAGCAGGAUAAUCUGCUCUGACACGGGGGAAUGGACGCAGUUGAACCUGGCCUGCUCCCCCAAGAUGUGUCCGAUCCCCAGACCUCUGCAGCCGCUGGCCAUGGGGAGGACAGAGGCUCCGUUCAAGAGCGUGCUCAACUUCACGUGCGAUGACGGGUAUGUCAUGCUGGGAGCCAAUGAAAGCCGGUGUUUACAUGACGGCACCUGGAGCAACCCGCCUCCUGUCUGCAAAGCUGUGAACUGUCCCCUGCCCAGAGCACCGAGAGACGGGAGGAUUGUCCACGAUAAAUCAGUUACUGGAAGCACCACCAUGUACGGACAGGGCUGGACAUACGAGUGUACUUCACCUAAAGCUCCCAGCUAUGAGAGGGGAUCCUGCAUGGCUGAUGGGACUGUACCCGAACCGCCAGUGUGUCGAGAGGUGAGCUGCUCCAUCCCAACAAACAUACCAAACGGCGUCAUCACCUUCGCUGUGAUGAGGCCACACGGCUACAAGGAGAAGGUUAAAUACGCCUGCAAUGAGCACUAUGUUCUGGACGGAGAGGCUGAGAUUCAGUGCCAAAACACAGGAAACUGGUCAUCAAAGCCAGUCUGCAGGGCUCCCUGCACCGUUGGCAUCAAACGAGGCCGAAUCUUCUACAACGCCAAGAAGCUCUGGAUCGCAGACCUGAAGCCAAACAGAGUCUUCCAUGGAGAGCACGUCGCCUUCUACUGUCUGAACAGAGACGAAAGGUGUGGCUACCCGGUGGUCAGCACCUGUAACGACGGGUCUCUCCCCAUCCCAGAAUGCUUCGAGGAACCAGGAAAGGUGGAGUACAGCUUGAGGGCCAAAACCCUUCCAUCAGAAAUCACCAUGUGUGCUUCUUCCCCCCCUGCGAGUACAACAAGCUCCACCAGACCCGCAUGACCUCUAACUGAAUGAUUAACUGCAUUGUAUUCUGAGACAGGGCCGGCUGUGUUAAUGGUCGUUGUUUAUUUUGUCAUUUUUAACUGGUAAUAAAAAUAUAGUGGUAAUUAUGAAUGAAAUAA